AAAAGCUGCUCCUUUUCCUCAACAAUUAAGUAUGUAAAUAUCACGUGGUAUUAAAGUAAAUUCAUGAAAAUGGCGUGCUUCCGUGUGUUGCCCCUUGCAGUCCUUGUCAGCACUCUAAUCCCAGAUGUCGUGGAGGCUGCGUAUUGCUACUAUUACUCCUAUAACGGUUACUAUUCGUAUUACUGUUCAUACUCCCUCUACUUACCGGUUGGUUCCAUCGUCGGGGCGGUGAUUGGUACAUUGAUUGGCCUAGCAACGCUGAUUGGACUCAUAGUCUUCUUUUGCUGCAUCCGACCGCGCCGCAUGGCGGCCAGGGGCACGGUACUCCAGCCAGGCGUGACUAUGUUUGCUACAACGACUGGAGUACCCACUAUGCAGACAGGUGGGGGUGUUGUUAACACAGCUGCCUAUCCCCCCGGAACAACACAAGCCUACCCACAAUACACUUAUCCACCUCAAAAUCAAGCGCCCUCUACUGGAUUUCAACCGCCUCCAAACUAUAGUUAAUUGCCACGCGGAAGAUUCGUCGGUGACUAUCAACGCUUCUGUGUACAGCAGCUGACUGCAAUUUCUUUGAUAACUUUGUUUUUAUUCGUUAAUGAAUUGUUAUGUUAAUGUAUUGUUAUUCCAUAUCAAGCUUUAACAUAUCUACAAUGCAUUGUAAAUACUUAGAAUAGGAGGGCUUGUGAGCAGAGGUUCGGUCAUGUUUUACUAUACAGUACAACCGUCCUCAACAAACGGUUAUUUUGCAGUGAGCUAUUGAAUUGAUUCAAUGCCAAUUUAAAUAUGAAAAUCAAUCAUUGACAGAAAUAAGAUGGAGCCUGACUUAUGUACAUGUGCAUGUUACAAUUGUAUAUAGUGAUGAUAUCCAAUUUUGAAAUACAAAUUCGAUACAUCUAUAAAGAUUCUGAAAGCAGACGGAAGAAGGUACUGUUUAGCCCUGUUAAGAAAAUUCACCAAAAUACUAAAUCUGGUAUUUUAGAAUGUGCCAUUUAUGAAUAUGACCAUUGUUAUUCUUUAUCUACGAUAGCAGCUGUAAUAUAUUCAACGGAAAACUCUAUAUCAAACUAUCGACGUUACCAACUUUCACGUUAAUACGGAAUUUUCGGGAUGUGCCGGAACGACCGAUUAGACUUUACGUUUAUACACCGCGGACGCGUGAUAGUAAGCAAUAUUUAGGGCAAAGUCGACAUCGAUACAAAUGAUGUUUCGCUAGCAUACUGUCCGUAACGAGCUACAUUGUGUAUGCGCGGUCCCACGAUGAUGAUACAAGUCAUUAAUGGUGCUUAGUAUCUGGGUGUAUUUAGACACGUAUUUUGGGUGGAAAACGUGAAGUUUUAUCGAUAUCCUCAAGAUAUUCCCUAAAUUUGUUUUCCUCGCCAACUCACAUAAUUUAAUCUAAUGCAUUUUCCUAUAAAUAGUUGUAGUGAUUCCCUUCUUUAAAAAAUAGCAUUUUAAUGCAGUAAUUUGAUAGCAAUUGAAGUACAUGUAUUCCAUGCUUGUUUAUCUAGUUGUUUCUGUAAUCCGGAAGAGACAUACCCUACAUAUUACGUUCAACGCGCAAUAAAAGUCAGAGUGGAUCCGUAUCUAGAAAGUCCCGUAUUUUGACGUAUUGUACGAGAGUUCUCCCCAAGCGAUGUUCUGAGUAGGAAAAUAAAAACUGUAUCACACAUAGAAGUAUCAAUUUUUAAUAAAUGCGAAAUUAUU